CCUCCCCCCGCUAGGAUGUUGAGUAGUUUUGAAAGGCAGCGGGGGUUAGGGUAGUGGUAGCUCCUCGUUGACUGCGCACGGACUGCAUGUCUUUACUUAGUCAGCUAGCUCGGUGGAUUCUGCAGCGGAACCCGAACAUCGGCAGCCACCUACCCAGUCCUUUUCAGCGCUUCACAAGACAGCUGCGCACACAACCACACAAAAGAUGCGCCGCGAUACGGGAUAAGAUGUCUUGCGUAUCUGUAUGGAAAGUCAUCUUCUCGGCCAGUAUGCUGCUAUACGCCGAUGCCGCGCGCGAUGGCUUCCAAAUCGCAACGAUAGACCCCUCAAUUCAGUCCGAAGCAAGUGCCGAGAUGGCUACCUGCUGCGAUACACGGUGAUACAUGAUACUUGACACCACUAUGCUUCCGCGACACUUCUUCUCGGCUCCUCUUCUUGUUUCCAAUAGAAAUCCAUCAUUUCACGUCUCUACACGCACCAUGGCUCCGCUACCUAUCAAGCUCGCCGUCCUCGAUGACUACCAUAACAUAGCAGCUUCGCACUUCACCCACAUCGAUCCCUCCAAAGUCGACGUCACCGUCUUCAACGACACCUUACCCUCCUACUCGCACCCCGGAACUUCCGAUGCCGACCGCAAAGCCCUCGUCAACCGCCUCAAGUCCUUCUCCGCCUUGUCAACCAUGCGCGAACGCACUCCCUUCCCAGGCGAACUACUCCGUCAAUUACCAAACCUCAAGGUCAUAUUCGCUACGGGUGGCAAGUUUGAAAGCUGGGAUCUGGAUACGAUGAAGGACAUGGGUCUCACGGUAUGCGCAGCGCCCGGCAAGGGCAGAACGGAUGGCAGAGGCAGUGGCACGUCUCCGAGAUCUUUGCCCAUCAAGCAGGGCGGUGGACACCCGACAACGCAGCAUGUUUGGGCGCUUAUAUUGGGCCUUGCGCGGAAUAUCGCUGCAGAUGACGCCGUGGUCAAGGGGAAAGGUGGGCCAGCGGGGUGGCAGACUGAACUCGCCAUGGGCUUGCAGGGAAAGACGCUGGGUUUGGUUGGUCUAGGCAGAAUCGGCGCGCAUGUCGCGAGAGUGGGUGUCCUUGCUUUUGGCAUGAAGAUCGUGUGUUGGAGCGCGAACUUGACGCAGGAGAAGGCUGAUGAGUUGGCGGGGGAAUGCGGAUUACCGGUGACGGGUGGAGGUAUCGCCAGCGAGGACGAGAAGACGUUCAGGGUAGUUACCAAAGAGCAGCUUUUUAGGUCCGCCGAUGUGGUCAGCGUGCACUAUGUUCUUAGCGAGCGCUCGAGGGGUAUUGUUGGCGCACGGGAGCUGGAAUGGAUGAAAGCGACUGGAAUUUUGAUCAAUACUUCUCGUGGACCACUCGUGGAUGAGGCCGCGUUGCUGGAAACGCUCCGGCAAGGACGCAUACGUGGCGCUGCGCUCGAUGUGUUUGAUAUCGAACCUCUUCCUGCUGAUAGCCCGUGGCGGAGCGAGGACUGGGAUGUCAAGGGCAAGAGCAGGGUGUUGCUGACGCCGCACAUGGGAUAUGUUGAAGAAGGUACCUUGACGACGUGGUAUGAAGAGACGGCAGAGAACCUGGAGAGAUUGAUUGAGGGCAAAGAACUAUUGCAUCGGAUCAUCUAGUGCUGAUGCAAACAGGCUGAUGUCCAAGUCGUAUCUAGGGUUUAGAAUAGGCAUUCGCAUUUAAUCUGUCGACUGACCUUCGUUCUCCACUUCGCGGUCUAUCCCACCCUCUCAUUUCUAUUUGUUAUACCCCUCAUCUAUCCCCUUGGUUGACGAGCGGGAUCGGAAGAUGUUGAUUAAGGGCAGAGAAUUAUUGUGUCGAACCAGUCAAUGCUUACGAUAUAUCUAAAUGGCUAAGCCGAAUUUUGGUUUCAGAUACCACCCAUACUGUACAGGUGUUGGACUGUAUGGAGACACUAUCACGAGGAUUUCAAG